GGCGCUAGUGCGCCUGAUAGGUUGGCUUGCUUUAAAGCACAGAAGAAGAAGAAAGCAAAGAAGACGACGAAGAAGAAGACGCUACCGAAAGUAAACAAGAGCACGUCGAACAGAGAGACUCAGUCAAGAGAAAUGAACGGCCAGGUGGACGCUGAAGUUGACUACAAGCGGAAAUACAAAAAUCUCAAACGAAAAUUAAAAUUUCUUGUCUAUGAGCAGGAAUGUUUUCAGGAGGAGCUGAGGAGAGCGCAGAGAAAACUCCUCAAAGUUUCCAGGGACAAAAGCUUCCUUCUGGACAGACUGCUGCAGUAUGAGAGGGUAGAUGAAGACUCCUCAGAUUCGGAAGCAACUGUUUCUUCAGACAAUAGUGAAGGAGACGGCCCAAGGGAGAGGGAACGAGAACGAGAAGGAGCAAAAAAGCGAAGAAGCAGUCCAGGCGCUUGUCAUCCGUCAUCCUCGUCCCCUCAUCUCUCCCUGCUUUCGCGUCAUGGUGUAAAUCCCCUGCAGUCAUCAGGCUCCGGACCCUACCUCAACACUAUGCCCUUCCCACCGGAGUAUUUGGCUCCCCCAGCUGAACAAAUGAAGAAAGCGAGAAAAACAAAGACGCCUAAAAACAAGAGAGACACAACGGGGAAGGUUGUUGCCCCAAUGGCAGCUAAUUACCCAUCAGCACCUGCGGUCCCUCCGGCAGCCAACAGCCCCUUCAGCUGGGUUCCCAGACAGAUGCUGAGUGGAGAUGCAGCUGAGGAGGAGGGAGAGAGCGAUGGAGACAGCGACCGGGGCGAUGAAGAUAGAGGGGAGGGAGACGAGGCUGAACUGGUCAUUGACCUCCCUAAUGAGUGAGAGCUGCUGUGUAUUUUGGAUGUAUUUAAAAGCAGUGGAUGGAAGGUUUGUACAUCUGUGUGUUUGAGAGCAAAAGACGAAUGUGACCGAAUGUAUUUUUUGCAUCGAGUAGCCAUUGCUCCCCCUGUGGACUUUUGCUUUAUUGCAAUAUCACUGUUAAAAAUAUCUCCCAGAUGAUUGCGGUUUUCCAAACAUAUGUUAAGAAUUGAGUUUGUCCGCUUUAAGAAAAAUCCACUGGAAGAAUAGAAUAUGCCUUUUAAACAGUUUCAAGCCUGUUUGUUUUGCAUUGUCCAAACACCAUCUCAGACUUGCAAUUGCGUCAAACAGCAUUCCAUUAUUAUGAUUAUGAUUUUUCAAGUAGUCAUUUCAACAUGCACUGUUAUUUUAACAACUUGUCAAAGAUGCAUCCUAUUCAUUAUUGUUGUUGUUUUGCAUCAAAUUGUGUGUCAGAGGAAAAACAGGUGAUGAUGUUAUAAUUUCAGAUCACUAAAAGUAUUUGUUUAAAGAUAAAUGGUGUCACGUCUAAUUCACAGAUUGUGCUGGAAACAUGGUACAGGAGCUAUUGUGUUUUGUUUGCUGCAUGCCGGUUUAAAAUAACAAGCUCAUUGCACCAUUUUAAAUGCAGUGUUGUGUGAAACUUGAUGCCCCACCCAAAGCAUCACACCCUAAGAGUCAUUCCAGAGCCACAGUCAGUCACUGAGG